AUGUCUUCUCAUUCGGAUGCCGAAUCUGCAACUGCAUCACCGAUAGUUGUAACACCUCCCUCCGUUUCUCUCGAUUACUCCAAUCCUUUGUAUCUCUACGCUGCGGAUUCUACCAGUCUUCUCUUGGUCACUGAGAAGCUUCUCGGAGAUGCAAAUUACAAUUUGUGGUCUCGUGCCAUCACCAAAGCACUGACGGCGAAGAAUAAACUUGGAUUUAUUCAUGGUACUAUUUCCAAACCUGAUGAUGAUCAUCGGGAUUAUGGGGCUUGGCUUCGAUGCAAUGCCCUAAUCUGUUCUUGGCUUCUGAAUGCUGUGUCCUCUGACAUUGCCAGCCAAGUUGUGUGUUUGGAUGAUGCACAUAUUAUCUGGAAAACACUGGAAACCAGAUUCAAGCAGAAGAAUGUUGCCAAAAUUUUCCAUGUUCAACAUCAGAUUGCAAUAUUGCAGCAAGGAUCGAUGGAUGUUGGCUCCUUCUUCACUAAGCUCAAUGGUCUUUGGGAGGAGCUCAAGAAUUAUGAGAAUUUGCACUUGUGGAGGCUGUAG